AUGCUGUCGGCGACCAACCGCCAGCAACCAGACGGCUUUGGGCAAGAACCUCAUCAUGUUCAAGCCGAGUUGUGCGCUAUGCUGGAGUUUGGACUAUCUCAGGUCAGGCUUGACGCUGUGUCAGGAACAAUAAAGGACCCUGUGUGGACAACAGCGACUCGAAAACGCCGGAUUGCAUUUGACGUCUUUCGACGCGCCGAAUUGACCAUUCGCCUCUAUGUAAAGCCGACGAAUCUUCCUGGAGGCGCCCAAGAUAUAUUCCUUGGCGGUUCCAAGAUUUUCCCUCAAGUACACGACAUGUCUGCCCUCAACAUACAUUGGUGCCCAGUUGUGGGUAGCACUGGGAAAGUAAAGAUUGAGCUUGAAUAUAAGCCAAGCUCUGCGACAGCCACUGGGCCUCUGAAGCACAUAGCCACUAUAGGAGAUAGCAGCAGACUAGGCUAUGUUUCUCAGAUUCUCAAGACAAACACUAAUCGCGUCCAACGAUUAGGAUCGAAUGGAACAUUGGAAAUCAAGUCACAUCCGUUCUUUGACGGCAUAGACUGGGAUAGGCUCGCUCGGCGUGAAUAUGAGCCGGCGUUUAAGCCACCAAGGAUAGCAAUAUUCUUUGAGCAUCGACGAGCAGGACCAGCAACAAUGAACGAGCUAUUGGAACAGUUUAGCGAAUUCUCCUACAUCCACCCAACGUCAGGCCAAGACGAAGCAAACGUGUCCCUCCAGGCACUACCGGAUCCCACAGUCAAUGGUCCUGAGGAUUGGGCACUGGCCUGGGAAGAGACUGAGCAGAGGUUUUACUUCUGCAACCGCUCUACUAGAAGCAAGCAGCGAAUUGAGACUCCGGCAUGCGCCUCUCAAGAUCGACUUGGAAUGGAUUCUUCCCUCGCCUCGUCGAACCAUCCCAGCAGCGCGCAGGUCCAAGCAGCACUCGCAGCAGCCCUGCUUAAAAAGUACUUGCAUCUAGUGCCGGAAAUCCUCGCCGCUUACCGCCCAGACGUAAACUUUAGACUUGGUAUCCAAGAAAACACGCCGCUGGAAUACGCUGCAGAGCUCGAAAACGUUAGCCUUGUCCAGCUGCUGCUCGACAACGGCGCCGCUGCCACCGUUGCGCAAGGGAAGCCGCUUGAAAUAGCCACUCGCAAUAGAAACUUGCAACUUGUCAAGAUGUUCAUCCACAAGACCACGGAUCGCGUUGUCCGCACAAAGGCAUUGGGAACGGCUGUGUCUCAACGCGACACGGCCAUUGUCGCCGUCUUGCUUGCCCACGGCGUCAGGUGCGACUUUGACGAGGCAGAUCAAACAUUUCCAUUUCGAUGUUGUGGUGUAGAUGAAGCUGUAGAUGCAGCCGUUUUUGAAAACACGGGUUUUGUAGGCGGCCCGUCGCCAGAUGAGUAUCUGCCUCCGUUGGUCAGGGCUGUCUACAGCAACGAUGAGGAAUUAGUAAAGUUGCUACUCGCACAUGGCGCAAAUGUUAAUGCGCAAUAUCAUGACGCGCUAUUUUCAGAACCGUCGCCGUCGCUCAUUCAACUCCAAAGCUGCGGAACUGCAGUCCAUUUGGCCAUAGAGAUGGGGUUUGAUACUAUUGUCCGGAUCUUGCUCGACUCUGGCGCGAAUAUUUAUGAGCCUGUAGCGGCUAGAGAGUUUCAUACUUGCCAGAUGAUACCUAGAGAGACGUAUCUAAAGAUUGCACAUGGCCUGCAAGUGGCUGUGGCAGCAAAAUUGAGUGCAAUGACCUAA